CAAAUGUGAACUUAAUAUCCAAACAGACAUGUACAUUCAAUCAAGCAACUUAGAUGUACUGUAUUUCUGAACUACACUGUAGUAAGUCCACUGUAAUACAUUCGGCCUAAUGGUCAAUGUUUUUUAAUGUAGAGGGAGAUGUUGGAACUGAAGUUUUAGCAUCACCUGGGUGUGUUCACCUGGUCAGCAGAGAGGGAGGAGAUAAAUACACCUCUAUAAACUCCUCUCUUUCCCCUGUCUCUCCAUCCAUCUCACCAAAUCUGGGGAGGUAAGAAGACAGCUAACUGGUGGCAAUGAUACAGGAAGUACUUCUAUUCCUGCUGCUGGCAGUCAGGGCCUCACCAGUGUUGAUGGCUGAGGUGUCAGUACUGGAGGGAAGCUCUGUGACCCUUCUCUGCGGAUACUCUGUGAAGGAUCACGGGUAUAACACAUGCUGGGGCAGAAAUUGUUAUUACAAUUACUGGGGUGAAUGUGGAUGUUCUGAACCCAGAGUGAUCAAGAAGGCUGCCAUCUCACCUAAUGACCCCAAAAAAUACAGCCUCAGCGGGGAAAAGCUCACCAUUUCCAACCUUCAGUUGAAGGACAGGGGGAGUUACUGCUGUUGUGUAGAUAUCGCAAGUGUAUUUUCCCGAGACUAUACAGAAUAUUACAAUCUAAAGGUAGUAAAAGGUUGUGAGAGGAACCUAAUGAAAGGAGUGGAUUUUAGGAUAAAUAAUAUGGAUCAUUCGCCGCCAUUCGUAACUAAUGCAAGUCAGUGCAGGCAGAAAUGCACCGAACAUUACAAUUGCCAGUACUUCACAUUUGUUGGGAAAGAAGCAGGAAUAAAUAACAGACACUCAUGUUUUCUGAUGGCCUCAACUGAUGAUAUGCCUGUCACAAUACAAUACUUUGAACAUGCAACCUCAGGCUACUCCCUGAAAAACUGCAGUGGUAUCAUCACCUACACAGCCAAAAAGUACAGCCUCAUCCUUGAGGAGAAAAACUGGACCGAAGCACAAGAGCACUGCAGACAACACUACACAAACCUGUCCAUCAUACACACAGAAGAGGAUUGGGAGGCAAUUCAAUCUUCUUUGGGUAAUUUCACCGGUGAUGUGUGGAUUGGGCUCCAUAGGCCUGGUUCAACUGAAAAGUGGAAGUGGUCUGAUGGAGAGGAUUUCAUGUUCUUUAACUGGGAAAAUGGUUUUGGUGUCCACGCCGUGGGUCAUGACUGUGUCUUGUCUAUUUCAUCUCACUGGCAACCAGUCUCUUGUGCAACUCAAAGACAGUAUAUGUGUCAACGAGAAGUUCAUCAUGGUAAUGGAACAACAGAGAAGGUGUAUGAGCUGAUGCCUGGGACAAAGACGCAGCAGGAUGCUCUGAAAGACUGCAAGAGCAAAAGCAGAGAUCUGGCAAGUAUCCUAAACCAGAAAGAACAGGAAGCCUUUGAUGAGGUGACUGAAGGGGACACCUGGAUUGGACUUGAGCACAACAACAGCAACACACUAUGGGAAUGGUCAAAUGGAGAACCAUUUCAGCAAUGGGAAAACACCAGGGUAGAUGGAAACUGUGUACAGCUGAACAGAAAAUGGAGACCAAAAGAUUGCUCUCGUCAAAGUGCUUUCCUUUGCUAUGGAGAUGAACAUCCAAUUAACAACACCGGGGAUUUAAACACUCCUGUUACACCUGAAACCACCAGCCCUACUUCAACUGGACCUCCGUCUACAGAAAUGUUUACCACAACACCUACCACCUCACCAACUACCACUACUAAUGGACAGUCCACCACCUCACGAACUACCACUACUAAGGGACAGUCCACCACCUCACCAACUACCACUACUAAUGGACAGUCCACCACAUCACCAACUACCACUACUAAUGGACAGUCCACCACCUCACCAACUACCACUACUAAUGGACAGUCCACCACCUCACCAACUACCACUACUAGGACAGUCACUAUUAAUGGACAGUCCACCACAUCACCAACUACCACUACUAAUGGACAGUCCACCACCUCACCAACUACCACUACUAAUGGACAGUCCACCACCUCACCAAAUGCCACUACUAAGGGACAGUCCACCACCUCACCAACUACCACUACUAAGGGACAGUCCACCACCUCACCAACUACCACUACUAAGGGACAGUCCACCACCUCACCAACUACCACUACUAAUGGACAGUCCACCACCUCACCAACUACCACUAGUAAUGGACAGUCCACCACCUCACCAAUUACCACUAGUAAGGGACAGUCCACCACCUCACCAACUACCACUACUAAUGGACAGUCCACCACCUCACCAACUACCACUACUAAGGGACAGUCCACCACCUCACCAACUACCACUACUAAGGGACAGUCCACCACCUCACCAACUACCACUACUAAGGGACAGUCCACCACCUCACCAACUACCACUACUAAGGGACAGUCCACCACCUCACCAACUAUCACUAUUAAUGGACAGUCCACCACCUCACCAACUACCACUACUGACAGACAGUCCACCACACUACCAACCUCAACUUCCAGUGGACAGCUGACCUCAUCAGGUUUCACCUCCCCAAACAGUCAGCCAACAUCCUCCCCCAGUAGUACAACUUCUCCACUCCAUCCUAAUUACCUGCACUUCUUCAACGAGUCCAAGAGCUGGAUCAAUUCCCUGAAGUUCUGUAAAAGUCGUGGCUCCAAGUCUAACCUGGUGCAAAUCACCAACCAGACUGUGCAUGCUGACGUGACCCAGCUCCUGGCCAACGUGGAGCUGCAAUGUGGGGAAGUGUGGAUUGGUCUGGAGCGGUCCAUCUUUGAGUGGAACGCCCCCUGGCUGUGGACCAGUAGUGAUGUUGAUAAGGUGGUGAAGUACAGUGAGUGGCACAGCUGCUCCCCCCUCAACCCCAUCAAUUACCACUGUGGUAAGAUGGUCCGGGUUGGUAACGGAGAACUGAAGUGGCUGGAUGCUUCCUGUCAUCAGGAAUUACCCUUCAUCUGUCAAGAUCUCCACUAGAGGGCUCUACAUGGCAGCCUGGACAGUCUGCAGACACUCAGGGUCUGGAAAGAGCCUGCAUUUCAAUUCAUUAUAUUAUUAAACCACUAUUACUAUUAUUACUAUUAUUAGAAUUAUUAUUACUAUUUUUACUUAUCAUUUUUACUAUUACAUUAUAUUACUCAAUGAUACUGUAUGUUUACUCAUAACCAUGGCUAUGACUGUUAUUAACUGUACUAAUUUGAUUGUUUAAAAGUAGAGUAGAUAAAAGUAAAGACAAUAUUAUUAAAAUUAAAAUGUAGUAUUUAGCUUUUGUGUGAUCACUGUAGCCUAUUGUUGGAGACAGCUACAUAGUUAUAAUGACAAUAUUGGUAUUUUUUAUGUAUGCAUUUCAUGCUAUAACUGUGACUUCUGUGAAAUUGACACGGCUGCACUGAUGGCCAUAUUGAUGCAACAAGGUGCCAUAAACUCAAAUCAACUGAACCAUUGAGCUUUGCAAAAACAUGCAUUGGAGACAUAAUCCCAUUUUCAUAAAAAUAAAAAAAAUGAUAAGGUUUACAUAGGCUAUGGGU